UCCGUGAAAUGUAAGUUAGUUGGUAGGUACAGGAAAAAGGAUUUUGAUAAGAUCUAAAAUUAUUGUUAUUUCCUUUUUUGUGUUGUAACUUUUUCGAAAAUUAAUCAGUUAUAAUCAGUUUAUCACGGAAAGCACUGCUAAAGCAGAGGACUAUCUGAUUUGGUAGUGUAUAUAACUCAACACAAUGGACCUGAGCUGGUACAUAGUAUCUUGGAUAACACUUCCUUACUACCUAACAGUCAUAAUAUGGUUGUACCUGUUCGAAAAAGUAGUUUUCUGGUGGCUUUCCAUGCGGUACAGCACACGGCUGAUGAGGUUAGGUUGUGCCGACAUUUUCUGGGCAGUUGGUGAGAAGUACCACAAUCUCAUCAACGUCAUAAUGACGCUAAACAUGAAAGAUCCCAACGAAGAUAUCGUUGCUGACAUAAGGGAUGUUCUCAACAGAACGAUCAUGGCUGAACCGGGCAAAUACCAAAAGUUGUUGUCUUCUUUAAAUACAUUUUUAGGAUACUCCUUUUUGUUAAAAGAACAAGUGAAAGCUGACGAUAUUAUAACUGUCAUAGACAUCGAGAAAACAAAAUACAGCUCCAUGAAAGAAUUGAUGUUCUCUUACAGUUACAAACCUUUACCACAAAACAAUAAACUUAUGGUGGAAAUUAUCGUUAUCAAGGCUCCAAAGGCGUGGAAAGAGAGCAAUGACUUCAAGGAGAACCAAAUACCUUUAAUGAUAAGAAUUAACCACACAGUUGCUGAUGGGCUCUCGGUGAUGAACCUCUGUGCUCACACCCUUGGUGAAAACGACGUAAACUUAGAAAACAGUCUCAAAAAUAUUCCGAAGAGUCCAGAGUGGCAGCUUACACCUGCAUUCCAGCUCCUACAAAAAAUUUAUCUAUUCUUCAUGGUUCCAGGCUUUCUUAUAGUACGCUACUUCCAAGGUGAAGCCACUUCGGUAGCAGGACAAGAAUUCGAAGGUCCAAAGUCUGCCCACAGGCAAAAUAUUUCCUAUAGAACGGAGAAACCUGGAGAAAACUUGGUGCAAAAAGUGAAAGACUUGAAAAAACAAAUCGGUGACACUAGUUUUAGUGAAAUCAUCUUGACUGCUGUUUCGGCCAGUUUGUACAACUAUUACGAAAAGGCUUUAUUUAAAAUACCCAAAUCAGUGAAAAUGGCAAUUGUAGCUACCAAGGAUCUGCAACCAUUGACUGUGAAUGGAGUACCACAACUACGUAACCAAUUUGGAAUGGUAAACUUUGAACUGCCCAUUAAGAUUGAUUCGGACUCUAUAUUAGCGAGGCUGCAAGUACUGAAAACUAAUACUAGGAAGCUGUACGAUGAUCCAUCUGAACUUAUACUGCGAAACUACAUCACAUUCAACCUGUUGAAAAUUAUGCCUUUACCACUAAUCAAGAGAGUACUCCCGAUUAAUGGUAUCGCCUCGGUUAUCAGUAAUUUGCCGGAAUUCCCCAAGAUUAUAAUAUUUAACGGACAUGAAGUAGAAGACGCCUACUUUUUUACUCUUCAAAGAGAUCAGAUGGCUACUGGAUUUGCUGUCAUCAGUUACGAUCACCGACUUCAUUUGGGUUUCGUGGGCGAUGUAGCUUCUGUACCCACCCAAGCUGACUGCGACGGUAUCGUUGACGAAUUCUUUAACGCCAUACAACAGAUGCAGACAGAAUCUGACAAGAAGAGACUAAACAUAUCUUAAUUGUCAGUUAAUUAUUUAUUAAUCUUUUAGGUGUAGGUGUCAGUUACAGCUAGUUAAGAAUGUGUUAUUCCGUUACCAUAUAGAAAUACAACGUAUUUCGUUAGCUUUUACGACUGUGUCAAUUUAAAUAGUAUCUAUUUUAUGUUAUAAAAGAUCAAAAAUGUUAUUCUUUGUAGUUGAAAAUUACCAAAUAAAUCAUAGAUCAUAGGAAUACUAA